UGGAAUCUUCUCGUCUCAAUCGAGGAAAGACGGACAGAGACAACAUGAAGAUGCAGAUGUUGGUGGUGUUGGCUGUAGCAGCUUUGGUCCCCAGUCUGUCUGAGGGACGGAUCCUCUCCAAAUGUGAGCUGAAGAACUUGUUGGAGAAGGAGGCCCUCAAAUUCAAACUGACUGGGCCAGCCGGAGUGAAGAACCUGACAAACAACGAUUUUGUGGCUAAAAUCGUCUGUCACGUGGAGAAGGCCUCCGGUUUCAACACCAGUUUUGUGACUGCUUGGAGGGAUGAUGACGGCCCUGAUGUCCUCCCUACCCGCCCUGCUAAGGUUAAUAACCGCCAUCGCCCUGAGCCCCCUCCUAAGAGGGGUAAGAGACACGCCGGGGAUGAUGUUGACCCUACCCACACUGCUAACAAUGAUAACCAUCCUACCCGCCCUAACUUUCUUACCCUUUCUACCCGCCCUACCCUUUCUACCCGCCUUGAGCCCCCUCCUAAGAGGGGUAAGAGACACGCCGGGGAUGAUGUUGACCCUACCCACACUGCUAACAAUGAUAACCAUCCUACCCGCCCUACCCAUCCUACCCGCCCUACCCGCCUUACCCUUCCUACCCGCCCUGAGCAGCCUCCUAAGAGGGGUAAGAGACACGCUGGGAAUCACUUCACCUCAGGAGAGGAAAACUCCAGCGAAGAAGAGACCAUGGGAACCCUCUACGGCUUGUUUCAGCUGAGCGAUCGUGUGAUUUGUUCCUCGGGCUCCACUCCAUCGCUGAACCUUUGCCAGAUGAACUGCAGUGCUUUGAUUGACGACGACAUAAGUGAUGACUUAAACUGUGUGGAGACUAUCAGACAGACAAUGGAAAGUGGUCGCGUUCAAACAAUGGCUCUAAAGAGAAUGAUCAAGCUGCUCUUCCAGAAGGAAUGUGUCGCCACGGUGGCCUCCAGCUACUUCUCCAAGUGUUGAAGUGUUGAUGUUAGACCACAAUCCCCCAAUUGCAAAAAGAUCCGAAUUGGGCUGCCUGUGUUAAUACAGCCACAGUGUGUAACAAUUAGUUCUCAUCAGCUUCAUGUUCACAAAGUACACCGGAAUAGAAUGUAGCAUGUAGAAAGAAU